GCAGAGCAUCGAUCGGCGCCAGCCAUGGUGGUGCGAGUUGCCUCAACUGUUGCUCUGCUGCUGCUGCUCUCGUUGCGGUUCGCGGCCGCCAUCGGCCACGCUGCGGUGCUCAAUAUCGACGACAGCCACUUCAGGCCGUUCGUUUUCAGCAGGCAAGCAAGAUUUUUGCGACUCACUUCUGGAGCCACUUUCGAGAAGCUCUCCGACUUCAACGAGCACUAUGCUCUAGCAGCAAAAUCUUUGCAAGACUAUGGAAUUGAGCUUGCCGAGCUCUCGUGCGACGAAAAUCCAACCUUUGAGCUCUGCGCCAGGAAAAACGCCGAAUUAUAUCUGUACGGUUUCAAGGGUGCGAUAAAGGAAAAGUUGGUCUUGCCGGUAGACACCCUCGCAGACGAAAACGCCAUCAUCGCAAGCGCUCUUCACCUGGAGCUGAUCAACAAGGUUCCGAUCAUCCAGAGCGUCACGGAACUGAGCAAUUUGUACGAGAAAUGCCGGGGCAAGUGCGACGUGAUUCUGUCCUACCACAACACGCUGGGCACAAAAGAGCACCGACUCUUCCUGAGCCUGGCGUGGAGGCUGCACAGCAGCGGCAAGCUGUUCGCGCUCACCACUUCCGCCCUGGCCAGCCCGCUGAAGCACAAGACAAACGAGGCCAGGCAGCAGCACGUCCACAUGUGGCAGCUGCAGUGCAGACACCACCACUGCCGCGCCAGUGCUUUCCUCCAAGCCUACACUCAACACCAGCUUGACACUUUCGUUGCUGCCCUCGAUCUUCCCAUUUGGAUAAGAGGGAAGGACAUGAAUAAAGAAGAUUACAUAAAUUAUCCGCAAUUACUGAUGAUCUACGACAGCGACAGUAAAGGCAGAGUGAUGCGUGUAGCCGAUGGCCUGGCCACCACCUUCAGAGGGUCCGUCUUCGUUUCAAUUUACAGCGCUGAAGAGUUUGCGAACAUCAGUUCUAAGAUCGACUUGGCGCCGCCGUCCGUCAUUUUCGUCCCGCACAGAAAUGGAUCAUGCCUUGGCGUUGAGGAAGGGAUAGUUCAAAACGGGUUGGAAGACGUGAAGAAGUUCGUUAAAGAGCAAAUCAUGACGGAAGCAGAGCAGCAAAUGAGCCAGUCAGAUGUGGUUAAUAGCAGAUUUAUCACGAGAAAUUCACUAACUGGAGAGACGAAAAUCAAUUCAAAUGAAGAGAAUACGGAUUUUACAUUAAAUUCGGUUUGCAGAGCAGACGAGAUGAAAAUGGUUGAUCUCAAAUUAUACUACGUAACUUGGGAUGAAUUAUCUCACAGCAUGCUGAAAAUAUUUGAAAAAAUCGAAGCAAAACAGGAAAUACUUCCUGUUAGGAUGAUUUCAAGAAUAGACUGCUUGAAUGAUGGAGACGACUGCGAUCAAAUAGACAUUUAUCCAACUUUGGAGUUCACAACAGAAGAGCGCACCUUUCGCACUCAUGCUUUAACCUGGAAAAAAAUCAUGAGCUUACUUUACACCGCGAGUAAGGAGAUAAAACAGUUUGAGAAAGUCGAGGAUUUGUCAGAGGAAAUUGACAAACCGAUGUAUAUAUACACCACAUCGCUAGGACUGAUAAUUGACAGACUCGGAACCAUACCAAAAAGAAAUUUAACAGAUCUAAAUUUGAAAAUUAACUUACAAUUAGUCACCCUUCGAAAAGACGCAGCAAAAUACAUGGAAGAAAAACUUGGCUGUCUGUCCCCGUGUUUCGGAAUCUACAAACUGGACGAUCCCUUUGAGCCCCUGGUGAAAUACCCGGGAGAAUUUCUCUUGCACGGAGCGGACCUGGAGCGUUUCGUUCGGGAAAGGAGACACCCAAUUUUGCCGGAACUCAGCUCGGAGAAUUUCCCUCGGCUACGCACAAAGUUGCUGGCGAUCGUUUUGGGACUGCCGAUCGCAGAGCCAAUCAUUGAGAGUGCUCGGCGCGCGUCCGCCCUGCUCCCACAGUGGCUCGCAUUCUCCUACAUCAAAAAGAAUGCCAGCUGGUACGAAAGGGUGCGCAGGGUGCAUUUGCCCGGAGGCCAGGACACAGGGCUGGUGGCCCUGAAUUUGGAAAAAGGCCAGAGCUAUCUUUUCACCGGAAACUCGGGAAACGAGACAGAAAUUUGGCGCUGGAUCCAGGAAGUUCGUCAAGAAGGCAUUGAACCAACUGUCGAGUUGCCAGCGAAGAUUUGGAGGCCAGAAGAGGACGCGCCGAUUGAUUUCUCGGACCUGGCGGAGGCAGACGCUAUAACCGACAACGAGGGUCUUUUUGUUGUCUCCGCCGCCGAGCCAGACCUGGAGCGGCGGGUGAAAAAGUGAAUUACGCGCGCGGCAGGGCAGGCUCGAUCGAUGCGCCGAAUGCAAUAAAAAGUUCGCCUUUCGCACACUCAACGGGUCUGCCUUUUAUUGCGUUGUUGCCCGGCGCAAUAUAGCCGUUACUGUACACCGUCUCAAAGAAUUAUACCUCUUAUUUUUGGAUCUGAGAUAUAUAUUGUGUCUGCAAAAUAUCAAUGUAUUUUUCUGCAUUAAAUUGGUAACAAUGCA